CAUUCUCCAGGGUUUCUCCAUGUAGAAAAGCUGCAGAUUUCUCUCCUUGUUACACUGUUAUCUCUUGAUGGCAGAACAGCAAUGGAUUAUAACUGAUCUUUAAAGCUAAUGCUAAACCUGUAGUCCAUUACUCACUGCAGAGGCUCCUCAAUGCCUCUAUAAAUAGGUGCAAGAGGCGGAGAGGUUAUGAUGCCUGAAACAGACAUCAUGUGACAAUGAGUGUUUUGGUACCCGUGCAGCAAGGAUAGUGCUAUGCAUCAGGCAAUUGCAAGGGAUGGCAGGGUUUAUGACAGUGUAUCCAAAUAGCAUUCCACACAUCACUUGCAUGGACUGAAGGUCUGUCUGGGGGGAUUAGCAGGGCUGAGAGUGAGCUGUCACACAAACCAGGGCAGAAGGCUUGGGGGGAUUAAUUGUUAGGCAGGGGGUCUAGCCUUUCUGAACAAUAUGCAUCAAAGCACCAAACUCCGCUCUCUCAGCCUCAGCUGUCCAACACGUUCAGCCAGCGAAAUGGAUGCAGCAUUGGGGGGUCAUGGAACAGGAAAACCGGCAAGACCAUGUGGGUCUAAUCUGGGUAGGAGCAGAGGAAUCCGGACUCACCUGAGCUGCCUUUCGCAGAAGUCUGAUUCGUUCAGUGACUUCACUUCUUUACAAUAUGACAGUAAACACAGCCAGGCUCUGAAACGAUUAACUCCAGAUGAAGCAAGACGAUGGGCACGUUCUUUUGACCUUCUUCUGUCUCAUAAAUAUGGCCGCACAAUGUUUCGUGCCUUCCUUCAGACAGAAUUUAGUGAGGAGAACCUUGAAUUUUGGGUGGCUUGCGAAGAGUACCGAAAAACCCGCUCCCUCAAUAAGCUUCCAGCGAAAGCUCAUCACAUAUUCCAGGAAUUUAUUGAUGUACAGGCUCCAAGAGAAGUGAAUCUUGAUUAUCCAACUCGUGAACUGACAAAGCGCAACCUGCUGCACCCAACUUUGUCUUGUUUUGACCUUGCACAGCUGAGAAUACACAGCCUAAUGGAGAGAGAUUCUUACCCAAGGUUUCUUCGUUCAAAAAUGUACAAUGACCUUCUCAGCCACACCCAGAAGAGCCCAUGCUAGUGCCAAGCUAGAAAUAAGAGUGAAGAAGUGGCUACAGGGACAUUGUGACCUGCUGCCUGUUCCAAAAAGAACUGACUUGCACUAUAAUGAGAGGACAAAGACUAACUAAAUAUCACUGUCUAUGUGUUACACACCAUCCUCUGGCUUAUGCUCGAUUACCCAUACCUCUUCAAGACCUGCUGUAAAAAACAACUGGAAAGAAAGCAGACAGAAUAAUAAUACUAAUUCAUAAUGUAUAAUAUGGCAGAUGUGAAGCAAAGAAAAGUAUCUGGUCAAUGCCAAUGGGUCAAGACUGUUAGGGUAUCUUACUAUCUUCUUCUGCAGUUUCACCCAUUGUCUGCAUAUGUAUCACUAAGGAGCCUUAGUGCUUGAGUUUUAAGGUUGGUAAGCACAUUAUAACUGGCCUAUAUUCUAUCAGUUAACAGAUUGUUAGGCUUGUGGUCAUGUUAAAGAUCUAAGAAAGGUACUGACCAUGAGGAUUUAAAAGGAAGAGUUCAUAGAUGCAUAUUCAGUGGGAUGUGUCAAGUGCAUUAUCAUGAUAUGGACAUUGUAGGCCUUGAACCAGUGCCACUAUCGGUGUUCAAAUUGAUCCCAGAGUUGGAAUGCAAUUUUUAUUGCCACUGCUGGGACAAGGUACAUGAGUGAGUGAAGUAACGGUUGUGUUGUCACUGGGAAGCUGAAUCUCUGUCUAUUUUAGCCCUCACUGGUACUUCAUGUGUAGGUAUACAACUGCAUCCUGUUGCUAAACUAAGUCCCUGUAUCCUCAAAAUGCUACCUUUGGGAAUUAUACUGUAAUACCUGCUGGAAUGACUUUGUCGUGUUGGAUAUAUUUAAAGGGGUAGUUCACCUUUAAAUUAACAAUUAUUAUUAUGAACACAGUGAUAUCCGGAGGCAGUUUGCAAUCAGUCUUUUUUAUGGUUCAUUUUUUUAUGGUGUUGCUAUUAUUUAGCUUACUGGUUAGCAGAUCUACAGUUGAGAAUUUAACCAGCUAUCUGUUUGUUAGGGUCCAAUGUAAUCUAUCAACCAGUUUUUAGAAUGACCUACUGGAAGAUAAAUAGAAGAGCAGACAGAUGCGCAAUAAAAGGUAGCAAUAACAAUAACUCUAGCCUCAUAGUUCAGUGGCUCCCAACAAUUAGAUUUACACGUGCAUUUAGCAUUUAAUGUGUAAGCUGGAAAGAGGCAGAAAAAGGAGAUAAAUAAUAAUAAAUAAUAGCUAUACAAAAUACAGACCAGUUGAAAAGUUGUAUCACAUUUAACUGAGCGUUGGCUAGUAUUCAUGUUCAGAUCAAUAUUACAAGUAGUAGUAUAUAAAAGGCUGGGUGUACCACAGUCCUUAGGCUUAUUAUUAUUAGGCUGUUCCUCAUGGUUUGUCUCAGAGCACUUUCUCAGGGAGAAGCACUAAGACAAAUCACCUGGAACUGACUCAGAGAAAAGUGUUAGAUUAUCAGUGUGGAUAAAACACAUUCAGGCAAUUAUUGUCUCAAAGCACAAGUGUAAUUAUUUUGCAGCAAUAAUCACCUGCAUGUGCCAUAGCCAUAGACUUUUUAUGAGAAAAUGCCAGGUAACUUCAGGCGACUUCAGAAAACGAAUUGCCAUGUAUGUUUUGCCACUGGCACUUUAUUACUAAUGGGAAAGCAUUUAGAAGAGGUUUGUCACCCGCCGUAGCUCAGAUUUAACCGUUCUGCAUUAUGUUGACUAAUUUGUUAUUCGAAAAAUGUUCCCCAUACACAGAAUGUGAAAACAUAGCCAGGCAAGUACCUGUAGGGCAGGUGUAACUGCAGAACCCAGCUUCAUGGUUACUUCAUGGUCAGACAGAACCAAGGCUCCACAUUGGUAAAAGGAUACCAAACCACGGAGAAAUCUAUGGAAGUCUUUGAAUAUACAGGUAUGGGGUCUGUUAUCUUUUAUCCAGAAAGCUCCAAAAUAUGGAAAGGCCAUCUCCUACUAAUAAUACAAAUCUUUUAGAAUUUUUUUUUUUCUAUGUAAUAAAACAGUACUCUGUAUUUGAUAUACUUAAUCUAUAUGGGAGGUAGAACAAUCCUACUGGAUUUAAUUAAUAUCGAAAUGGUUUUUAGUAAAUUUAAGGGAUGGGGAUUCAAAUUACAGAAAGAUCCCCUAUCUGGAAAACUCCAGGUUCAGAGCAUUCUCGAUAACAGAGAACAACAUCUGUACUAUAACCCACGGAUUACCACAGACGUUUAGGGAAUUCUAGCUUGAAAAAUGGACUGUGCCUGAAAGCUUGUUCCUUGAUGUAAUAAUAUUUGACAACAUAAUACAAAACGUGAUUGAA